AUGGUGUUGAAAAAAUGUUCCAUCUGUUCGCGGGUGUUCAAAAAAACCGAACACUAUAAGAGACAUGAACGGUCGCACACCAAGGAACGCCCAUAUGAAUGCAAUGUUUGCCAUAAACGUUUCUCUCGAAGCGAUGUCUUGAGCCGACAUGCCAAAGGCCAUAAUCAAGUCAAUGCGACACCCGGUCCAUCGGAAGCGCCAAAUCAACAGUCAUCAGUAAUUUCGGGUGCAUCAUCAAUGGUCCCCGGAUCAGGAAAUGGUUUCAGCAGCGCAGAAGCACAGAUUCCACCUCUAUCUAGCACUUCGCGAGAUGCGCCUCCCGCAUCAACGGGGCUUCCAUCGUCACUAGAUUACCUAGCCGACAUUUCAGCCCACCAUGGCCGCAGUGAGCCAGACCUCGGCGUGAUGGUGACGGACGACCAGCAGCAGUACUUUGGAUGGAAUGCAGUCACGGCUGCGGAUCAGGUGGCACAUCGAGCUGGCUUGCCCUUCGAUCCUGGGCCAAAAGACAUGCUACAAAUGUGGCUCGAACCUCGCACAGAUUUAGGGUCAAAUGACUCGCUAGAUUUUAUGGGCGAUAGCCAUUUCCCUUUGAUGGGUGGUAAUUUGAUGAUUGCUCCAGACCAACAGAAUCAACAUUCAGUCGGCAGCAGUGAUGACAUUCCCAAUGAACGCUUUGCUAGGGUCCAGCAGUGCUGGCUAGCACCACCGAACACUGGGCGUCUUAUCAACAGUUUAUGGCGGGAUAUCGCCAUGUCGCCUGUUGAUAAUAUCUUCUCAGUUCAGUCAUCACACCUUACCAGCGAGUCAAAUGCCGUUCAAGGAUCGCGGUGUGGAUUCGACGAGGAUUGUAGACGGCGACUGCAGGCAGCUUUUGGACCGAUGGCUGUUUCUGGGCAUAUUACUCCAGCAACGCCUGCCUCGGCCUUGACUCAUUCUGAUUUCCCUCCCGCUGAGAUCUUGGAUAUGGCACUAGACUUAUUUUUCCGCAUCUUUAAUCCCCUCUUGCCAUUUGUCCAUCAACCGACAUUUUCGGCAAGGAAGGCGCGACCAUCUAUCUUAUAUGUUAUGACGCUGGUUGGCAUGACAUUGCUUGGCACCAAAGGAACAACCGCGUUUGUGUCCAGAAAUUUCUCAGGCGCUUUGGACAAGGUCACAGCUGAAUUUUCUCGAUGCUCGAUGGGACUUGAGAGCGCUUCCAGCACUAUGACACUGUUUGCGACAGUUUUGCUUUUAUUAAACCUGGCUGGUUUGACCGGGGAAAAGGUACAUCUGGAACAGUGUCAACCUCUUUAUAUUAAUGUUAUGUCUGUCGCCCAAAGACAUGGGUUAUUCUCGGUCACUGAGGGACAGAUCCUUGACAUGACUCUCUUCGAAACAGUUCCCGAUAUUGAGCGGAGAUGGAAAAUCUGGAGCAAGGUGGAAUCAACCAAGAGGUAUGCCGCGAUUCCCGCCCAUACAACGGUGUUCGUCACUAAUAGUAUCGCCAGAAUAAUCAUCGGACUACUGCUCCUGGACUCUUGGUACUCUUCAUUCCUCUCAACCAGUCCGAUCACAGUCCCGGAUUCGAUCCAACUCAUCCUCCCCUGCAGCGAAUCUCUCUUCAACGCCCAGUUCUCAACCCAAUGGACACACCUAAUACGCAGCGGCAAGCGCAUCAUCUCCCCAACAAUCCUCGCCCCGUCCGAAAACAUCAAAAUCCCCGUCCUAGAAGGCCCCGCAGAUGACUUCUGUAUACAAGCAGUACUAGCAAUAGUUCAACUCCGCCAGUCAGAAUCCUACCACCGCCUCCUCUCCAAUAGAGCCAGCUACCCCUUUGCUCCAUGUCACACCUACGCCAUGGACGGCCGAGCCAGGUGUCUCCCCUCCCUUCAAUCCCAGCUUAUCACAAACUACGGCGAAACCCUCCACCGGCUAAACCCCAACGCUCUCAUCACAUGGCACAACAUGUGCAUGACUCUCACAGCCGAUAUCCAAAUAUUCGACCUCGCAGCUGGCCGUGCAGGCCCGGCUCCCGCGCGCAGGGCCCUCGACGAUAUCCGUGAGUGGUCACAGACGCCUGCAGCCAGACGCGCGUGUCUGCACGCUGCGCAUAUCUACAAAGUCAUGACAAAUCGCAAAGCAUCCGACCACCCCACGUUCCAAUCUAUUUUUUCGCUCUUCUCGGCCGGGUUGGUGCUCGGUCUAUAUACGUUUAUGGUGUCAGACUCUGCGGGUUCGCCGUCUAAUGUCGGGUUUGUGGAGUUGAUGGACGAUGUGGACUGGAGAGAGGUGGGCACGGAAGGGUUCACGAGUUUUAUGGAGCCUAGGGGAAGUCAGACUCUCGCACCAACGGAUGAUCCUGCUGUUAACUUCAUUCGCAAUGGGGCUACGAUCUACUUGCGGGGACUGCCGUUUCACGGUGGGUAUCAGUCUGCGCGUCGGAUCAUGCUUGAUUAUGCCUCUCUUCUCAAGGACUCGGGGAAGUGGAAUGUCAAGAAGUUCUCUUAUAUUUUAUACAUAAUGAGUGAUGUUCUUAUGGAUGUCGAAUGA